CGUCUGUCGGCUAACUUUCCUAAAGGAGGAGCAAGGAAGCCAGAUCGUUUCCAUAUCUAUGAAAAGACACCAAAUCUGAAAGUCGAGCUACCUCCACGCCACCACCUUUGACGCAGCUACCAUUGCACUGCUGUGCUUCCAACUCCGGAGCAAGAUGAUCGUACAAAGCCCUCGCCACUUGAUGUGCUGCUGGCUAUUGUGAUUCCAACGCAGCCAAUGUCUCUGUUGUGCCUCUGCCCCGCCUCCGACGCCGCUACAUCUGUCAUAAGUAUCGCUGGUUCCAGUUGAUUAUUCAUAUCCUCUUUAUCAGCUUGCUAGAUUGUGAGCUCAGCAUGGUGGGGGUUCAAGAAUAGAUACAUGAUGAUGGAAGUAUUUUUGGAUCCAAAUAAAAAUAGUGUGGGAAACAGGGAAAGGACCCUAUUAUAAUCACACAAUUCAAUCUCUCAAAAUCUUGUGAAAGAUAGCAUUCUUGUGAAAUUUGGAGAGUGUGGUCUAGCCUCUUCGCUCAACUCAUUUCAAGUGAAGUAUGUCAACCUUGUAACAAAAGUUAUCAUCAUCAUCAGAGCAUCCAGGGAAGAUUAUAAAAAAAUUGGGCUACACUUACCUUAAUUAGGAAUAUAGGGAACUGCCAGGUGGUAUUCAACUUAUUGGAUCUGAUGGAAGUAUCAAGGCCUGCAAAAAUGUUGAUUUGAAGUGUGAAAUGUCAAAGUUUGAGCACUAUUAGUUGCUAGGUGGAAGCAAUCUUAAUGGAGAUGUGGAGCAGCAGAUGAAGAAUUGUCUUGAAAAGAUCAAAGUUUUGGAGCACUAAAAUAUACUCCGUAAUUUGGACCUGCGUAAAUCCCCAGGUCUUCGGUCUGCGUUUUUGUGUUUCAGCUUUGUGCUAAGCCUUCGAGCAACAAGGAUUAGUCGAUCACUUAAGCGAUCGUUAAAUAUCAUUAAGGUGAUUUUCUGAAGUCCAACUCCGCUUCACCUGCUCACCAGUCGGCACUCGGCAGCCUGGCAUUGUCACACUUUCGCACCUCGCCGCCACUGCCGCUGCUUGUCCGCUCUGCCUUCUAACCAACGAAUGAAUCGAGUGCAGCUGUGCAGAAGAUAUGCAUUGGUGAAUGGUGACAUUAUGAUUAAAAUGUUGUUGCGUCCUUCACUGCUGAAGUCUUGAUAAUCCUUCCAAUGAUGGCUUACAUAUGUUCUCUUCUCAAGUUAUAUGACAUAGAUGGAAAGUACAAUGAUUGAAAACUCUUCUCCAACAAAACCUAAAUGGAGGAAAGUUGCUUAUGGGGGGAUGCAACCUGGUUUUGAUGACAAUCAUACAGAUGAAUCUUUCCUAGAAGAUAUGAUUAUGAACGCCAAUGUGGUCAAAAGAGACUUGCUAAAGGUGAUCCUUGAUUCAGUUUCCAUUUCUCAGUAUAUUUCCACUGUUUGUCUUGUGGUUUUGGUUUGGACCUAUACACUCCGAUCUACCUUGAAUGAAAAUUCACUUUUAGUUCUAAAUGUUAGCCUUCUUGGGUUGGGUUUUUUCAUUCUUCUCUUGACUGCAGACUCAAUCUCCUUUAAUAUUCUUCUCAGUUAUACCCUCAAGAUUUCAUUUUUCAUGACUGGGUUGUACAUGUUGUCUCCUAUCUUCCAUACACUCACCCGAUCCAUAGCCUCAGAUUCUAUAUGGGCACUAACAGCUUGUCUCCUCAUUAUAAACCUCUUCCUGCAUAAUUACUCGGGAUCAACCGUAAAAGCUCCUGGAAGUCAAGAAAACCCAACCCUUAUGAGCAACAUCUCUUUGAAUGCUUCUAUAGUGGCUUCACUUCUAAUUGCCUCUCGCCUUCCAUCAAGGCUUCAUGUAUUUGCCAUUGUGUUGUUCUCCUUGCAAGUUUUUCUAUUUGCCCCAUUUGUCACCUACUGUGUGAAGAAGUUCUCAUUCAAAUUGCACGUUUUUCUCUCUUUCGGGUUAAUGGUCUUGUCCUUAGUUCUCCUUUACUGGUUGCACACACUGCUCUUUAUUUUGUUGUUGGCUGUGUUUGUCUUUGUCAAUUUGGUCUGCCCUUAUUGGCUGAUACGACUUCAAGAGUACAAGUUUGAGAUUAACGGUCCCUGGGAUGAGGCCAAGCUCUGUUUUGCCAUCACAGAAUGAACACCAAAGACUAUAUGAUGGUGAUGUUAUCAAGAAUGGAAAAAUGUAAGGGGUAUUUUGCAUGAAGAUCUGAUAUACAGAUUGGAGAUACCCUUUAAGCAGUCUCUUAACUAUAUAAGAUUGCAGAGGGAAAGGGUAUGAUUUGGCUCUGAGUCCUAGUGAUAAAGUAUGAGUCAAUAUUGUACAAUCAUGAUGCUCGACAUAGACGCAGAGAUGUUUACAAAUACCGCACAAAGUAUAAUUUGAUACCGAUUAAGUUGCAAAAGCUAAUAUCAUGAAUUAGUUACUUCGUAUAA